UGUUUGAUAUUAUCAAUGUAGCACUCCUAUUAUACAAAAUAAUAUAGAAACGUUUGUAUACACAAAUCAAAAAUACAAAGCAGCUAGGUAGAAGCCAGAGUAUAUGUACUUGAAUCAGUUAAAUGCAGCAAGCAAAUCUUAUAUACUAAGGGUGGUUGUUGCUGAAAAGGGAAGGGACACACUAUCUUCCAAAAAAACAGUUAGAUUCCAAAUUUUACUGCUAAAGGACGAAAAGGGUAAUAAGAUGCGUGGAACUUUAUUCAGUGAUCAAAUUGAAGCAUUUGAAGAAGCAUUACAGUACCUAGGUGCAUACGAAAUUUCUGCUGCACCUAUUAAGUUCAUCGACAAAAAAUGGAGAACUGAACUUGAUCAGUUUCCUUACCAAAUGACUUUUGGUAGUAAAACUGUGAUCCAGCCAGUUCAUCCAGAGCUUGGACCAAUUCUGCCUAACUAUCAACCAAUAGCAAGUAUACCUCGUGCGGUUGAUCCUAACAAACACCUCUGA